CCAGCCUAAACUACUUAAGCGUGUCCAUGUGUCCAGACUGGACACACCUAGAAUAUUGUCCUCUCCAGAGACGACACGAUGGGAUCAGUUUUACAACAGCUGUGCAGAGGCAACGCUUUGCUGGUAAUCAUUACUCUGGGAUUUGGAGGGACGUUUCAUCUCGGCUACCACAUGACUGCUUUGAGUUCCCCGUCACCGUUUAUCCAGAGCUUCAUCAACAGCAGCUGGUUUGACAGAUACGGUGAGGCUCCGCCCCCUCAGACGGUCACUAUGAUCUGGUCUCUCAUUGUCUCCAUGUUUGCCGUCGGUGGACUCUUUGGAGCCGGAAGUGUCAAGAUCGUCUCCGGCAGACUGGGCAGAAAAAAGGCGAUGAUGCUCAGCUGUUGUGUCUCCCUCGUUGCCAUGGUGAUCAUGCUGAGCAGUAAAAAGGCCAAGUCGUAUGAAAUGGUGAUUGUGGCCAGGAUUCUGUACGGCUGGUCCACAGGUGUAGGAAACAGCAUCCAUGUGAUUUACCUCAGCGAGAUUUCACCCAGGAAGAUAAGAGGCAUCGUGACUCUGACCUCAGCGACCUUUGCGUCCCUCGGCAAACUGUCUGGACAGUUUUUUGGAUUGAGUGAGAUCCUCGGUCGCAAGGAGCUGUGGAACGUCCUUCUCGCUGUCCCUGGUGUUUUCGCAGCAGUUGCGCUCAUAACUUUGCCUUUUCUCCCCGAGGCUCCCAGAUAUUUGCUCAUAGAGAAACACGACGACGAGACGUGUAAGAAAGCUCUCCAGAGUCUGUGGGGAAAAGGCGUCUACAAGGAGGAGAUGGACGACAUGUUGGCCGAGCAGGCGGUCAUCGAGGCAGUGCCACCAAAAACCCCUCUGCAGCUUCUGAGGGACAGAAUGGUCCGCUGGCAGCUCGUCACCAUGGUCCUCAUCUACGGCUGCAACCAGCUGUCAGGGAUGUCCGUGAUCAGCACCUUCGCAUUUGACAUCUUCUUGCAAGUUGGAAUCCAGCAAGGGCAGAUCCGCUACAUCACUCUUGGACUUGGAAUCGUUGAAAUCCUCACCUCCAUCGCUUCUGGUUUGUUGCUGAUCGAGCGACUCGGCAGGCGGCCGUUGAUCUGGGGCGGUUACAUCAUCAUGUCGUCCUGUUGGGUGUUGGUGACGAUCAUGCUGAACGUGCAGAAUCAGAGUGAAUGGAUUCCUUACGUAACUGCGAGUUUGAUCGUCCUCUUCAUCAUCGUCUUUUGCGGAGGACCUGUGGGAGCAAUUGCUGCUCUCAACAGUGAGUUAUUUAUCCAGACUGACCGAGUGGCAGCGCUCGUCGUGAUAGGAGUCCAGCGCUGGUUGACCUUCGCUACCGUGGGUCUUGUCUUUCCAUUCAUUUUGACGUCCCUCGGCUCUUACAGCUUCUUGGUGUUUGCCAUCAUGAGUCUGGUGGGGUGUUUAUACACCUUCUUCUUCCUGCCCGAGACUAAGGGGAAGACCAUAUUGGAGAUCUCCGAGCAAUUUAGAGCAAUCACCAUUUGUGGGAAAUCCCUCGUGGAGAAAAAGCACAUUGAGACCAAGUUAUAAGUCGGUGGUUCGGAUACUGAAGCUGCAGACUGUUGUUUGAUGACUCAGUGUAGCCACAGCCUCUGUUUGGUCCAGUACGCGAUGGUGUGCCUGGUCUUCAAUCAGCCUAAAAUGACACAUGUCACCUCUCACGUUCAUUGAGCUCCACUGGCUACCCUUAGCCACUACCAGCCAUGUUAUCGCUUCUAGAAGCUCUUGAAAACCCAGCUCUUCCAAAAGCAUCUUCUGUCCUUGCACUUACACCCUCCACUAUCUCCUUCUGCACUUGGAUCCACCUCGGCACUCUCACCCUCUCCCUCAUCG